AUGGAGAACCUUGCAGCUGAGGAUCGAUCAAAAGUUGAUCAGUCUCUCACAGAAGAUCGUGCUGUCGAGGUAACCGUCACUUCCUCCCAGCCUCCGACUACCUUACGGGAAUAUGAACGACUAUUUCGAGUCGACGAGGACGCUUUUGAGCAGCCUACCACAACUCGGAAAGAACUCUGGUCUUAUUAUCUCUACUACAAUGGUGACAAUGGUGUUGGCCCAGGGUCCUACAGCCAGACUCUGUUUCAAUGGGCGUUAAAUGGCGCAGGGCAUAUCCCGGGGACGAACCCACCUCAGCCCUGCACCGAUUCGUCGGCAUGUGUGGUGCCCUGGGCAGGUGGCACGCGAUCUACAUCCUCGGUGAUCUUAAUCGCUAACGGUCUCUGCUUUGCCUUCAUGGCUGUCAUAUUUGUCUGGCUUGGAAGUGCUGCUGACUAUGGCUCUUUUGGGCGAUGGCUUCUUUUGGCCUUGACGGUCAUCUGCUGGGCUUUACAAUACGGUAUGCUCUCUAUCCGACAUGCUAGUCAAUGGCCCACUGCCAUGGGUCUGUAUGUCGUUUCAUACAUUGCCUAUGGUGCCACACUGGUUUUCUAUGCGGCCGUGUUCCCUAGAAUCGCACGAUAUAUGCCACACGUUCGAAAGGCUCGCGACGAAUUAAAGGAAGGCAAAAUCAACCAGGCAGAAUAUGACGCGAUCGAAUCUUUGGAAAGAAAUCAUAUCAGCAAUAUUGGGUACUUCCUCACCUUGGUGUUGAAUCUCAGCGUUCUGCUCCCGAUGCAGGGUAAUGAAUUCGCGAAUAACUUGGCACUCUGCUUAACAAACUCAUACUGGGUUGUUCUUGGCGUUUGGUGGUUUGUAUUUCAGCAAAAAAGACCUGGUCCUAAGAUCCCCAAAGGUUCUAACUAUGCUACAAUCGGCUUCAAACAAAUUUGGCUAGCCAUGCGAGAGAUCAGAUCUCUUCCCCAGACAUUCCUGUAUUUCGUGGCAUACUUUUUGCUAGCAGAUGGGCUCAAUACCACGGGAACCCUCGUCUCGAUCAUUCAAAAUGACUUCGUAUCAUUUUCAUUCUUACAGGUCACAUAUCUUGGAAUCACUCAAUCAGUCUGCUCGAUUAUCUCAACCUUUGGGUUCUGGUAUAUCCAGCGCUACUUCAAGAUUAAAACCAAAACCAUGUUUCUGAUCACGAACUUUUUCACUUUCUUCAUUCCCUUAUGGGGCAUGAUAGGCUUGUGGACGAAUCGAAUCGGCUACCAUCAUGAAUGGGAGUUUUAUUUCUACAACGUCAUCUUCGGGCUUUUUCAAGCUCCAUACUAUGCAUACGCCCAAACAAUGAUUAGCGAACUUAUGCCCCACGGCUACGACAACAUGUUCUUUGCUCUGUUUGGAAUCACUAACCGAGCAUCAUCGGUCAUCGGUCCAAAUGUCAUCCAGGCCAUUAUCAAUAAUACUCGUAACAACUGGAUGGGAUUCCCCUUCCUGGUUGCGAUAUGUGGUGCUGCCAUAAUUGGCAUUGGGUUUGUUGAUAUCGAAAAGGGUCGAGAGGAUUGCAGAAAGUUCACCGAAGAGCGAAAGGUCGACCGUGUAGCUGCCGAGACUGGGCUGGAUCGUGAUGCAAUUGCUCGAGGCAAGGGAUUGGGAAGUGUGAACGAUGCAGAGAUACCUGAGGUACCGACUCUCUAA